AUGACAUGUCCACAUUUUCUCCUGCUCUUACUCACAGGUCUUUCAGGAUUUCAAUGUCAAAUUAAUACGGUGAGAAAAGCAUCAGUGGAGGCUGGGGGUUCUAUCUCCAUCCCAUGUCUCUAUCAACAGAAUUACACCGAACAUGUGAAAUAUUUAUGUCAAGGAGUGUUUUGGCUUUCUUGCAACAUAGUCAUUGAAACACAGCAAAGAACAGCAAAUUCAGGAAGAUUUUUCAUCUCAGAUGACACAGUUCAAAGAAUCUUUACAGUGACUAUCAAUAAUCUGACAGCUGAAGACAAACAUUUUUGGUGUGCUGUAAGAAUUGAAAAUAAGAGGGAUGCCAGACAAUAUUUCCAGCUGUCUGUCACCCCAGGUACUCAAAGCUUUUAUGUUAAUAGACAAGAGGUAUCUGGAUAUGAAAGAGGAAGCGUGACAGUUGCAUGCUACUAUAAAUACCCAAAAGUAACCCAGUGGUGCAGACUGGGCAGUGCGUGUCUAAAAGAUGAAACUGGAUCAAUAGAUGGAACGCCUGUGAUUAUAAACACAAGUAUCCAUGGUAUUUUCAAUGUGACUUUGAUUGACCUGAGUACAGAGAGCAGUGGCUGGUAUUGGUGUGAGAAUGGAAAAUUCCAAAUGCCGGUCCAUAUAACUGUUCACAAGUUAGCCUCAGAAACUUCUAUGUCAACAAACACAACUACAGCUGACAACAAUCAAGAUGAACACAAGAGGUCAGUUACCAUUGUUGUUACCGCCCUGCUCUCACAGCUGCUGAUCGUCCCGUUUGCGUUUGUUCUAUGGAGGAUAAUAAAACGCAGUAUCCACAGCAUAACUACUGUUAGUAAAGUAUCAGUGAAGGUUGGAUCUUCCAUCUCUAUCCCCUGUCUUUACGACGCUCAAUACGUUAACCAUGUGAAAUAUUUGUGUGAAGGAUAUGGUUGGUCCGGCUGCUCAACAGCAGUUAAAACAAAUCAAGCACUGGCUCCUAAAAAGUUUUCAAUCAUUGAUGACAAAAAAGAAAGAAUAUUCACUGUGACUAUAAGAAACCUGACCAGCGAAAACACUUACUUUUGGUGUAUUGUUGAGAUUAACAGAGGGGGUGAUGUGGGUCAGUUCUUUGAGCUAUCAGUCACCAGCGGUACACCCAGUCUCACUGUGGCUCGGCAGGAAAUCACAGGAUAUGAAAGAGAAAAUAUAACUAUCAACUGUCAAACCACUCGCUCUGGAAAGAUGAAAUGGUGCAGGGUGGGAGGCAAAUGUGUGACAGAGCCAUCUGGUUUUAUAGAUGAAACAAAGGUGACCAUCAGGAGUGACUCUUUUGGAUCUGUUGUGACGAUGAGUGGACUGAGACUGGAGAGCAGUGGAUGGUAUUGGUGUGUCAAAGAUGUCUAUCAGAUACCAGUGCACCUAACGGUUAUGGAGAAACCCACUACCACAUCUGAUACUGUUACUGAAGACAGAAGAAUUACCAUAGAUGAACCAAAAAGCGUUUCUUUCGACCUAAAGAACCUCAUCAUCCCUUUGAGUUUGUUGAUCUUGGCUGUAAUUGUGGCCCUGUCCGUCUGGUUUAUACUAAGAUGCAAAAACGCUAAAGCAGAAUCAGUGGACACAAAUAAGCAGAGCACACAUGAAGACACAGAUGUGACAUACAGCUCUGUGACCAUUUCAACAAAAAAAAGAGAAAAAAUGAGCAACGCAACAGCAGACGACGUUACAUACAGCAACUUGACUUUCCAACACCAGUGAAACAUUUAAACUUUACAUAUAUUCAUCAUGCCUGUUUCUGUUACAUGACUUACUUUAAGGGAAGUGUUCUAUUGUCUUGUCAACUGGAAUAAAUAGCUAAAACUACAUUGUUCAAAGUAUGUUCGUGAAGGGAAUUCAGCUGACGACUGAAGUGGAUUGCAUUCUGUGUUUAAGUAAUCCAAUAAAGAUGUAAAGUCUUAUAAAACUGUAUGUAAAAAAUACCUUUACCUUUAAAUGCUGUAAAUAUUUUUGUCUGCUAACCUUUAACAAGCGAUGUGCAUGAUCUUUCCAUUUACUCUUUUCUAACUUCACGGAAGGUCAUAAGUUUAGGAUGUACAUCAAAAAAGGAGAACAAAGCAUAGCUGUGCUUGCAGCUGUGCUUGCUGGGCUCCACUGAGGAUGUGAGAUAUGACACUUCUUUCUGCAAAAAUGUCCAAAGACAAGAUAUGCCUUUGGUAUUAUGCCUUGUUUGUUCAGUCUAAUAAAAAGCCAAAAGGGGAAGGCAAAAGUUGUGUUUCGGAUGCAGUGCUGGCGACAGGCUGCAGAGCUCUUCCCUCUUUGCAAAAGGCUUGUACUUCAGAGUCUGUGUCGUUCAUUCGGGUUUCCCACUUUUGAAGAAUUAGUGUUUGAACCUAACA